AUGAAAUUCUAUCCUAAGGCUGAAAAGAGCAGUUUAGCAUAUUACCUAAAGGAGUGUAAACUCGAUAACAAGCUGGAUAUGCCUUUCCAUCGUAUGUUUAAAUAUUAUGAGAGAGCAUUAAAAGAAACUAAUGCUACAACGGCCAA